CAAAUAUCAAUCAGACAAGUUAGAGUGGAUUUCAUUCAUUGAUUUAUAUAAUUUCUACUUUUCCACGACGUGUACGCCUUGUUCAACCAUAACCACACCACUCAAGCAAACCAGUCACAUUCAAACGACAACGCAUUAACGGUUUUUUUCAGCUGGGAAAUAAGUAAAAGUAAAAAUAACCCAGUGGUUGGACAAAGUUCAACAGUUAUGUAAAUAAAUACAUAAUUUGUUGGGCAUGGUAAUGAUUUUGCAAUAUCAUUGUCUCCGCAAGUGAUCGCCGGAGGUGUUGUAUUGACAAAUUGUUAGUGACUUGCACGUACAUAUAUAAGUACAUAUAUAAGUACGUACAUAAAGCGAAAUAUGAACAGUAAUUAACGCUACAGCAAACAUAUCAGAAAUGGAAGGAUUAACAGAUUUUUCUGAAAAUCACACAUUUCACAAUCCCGAAUUGUUAUUAAAACUAGUAAAAUUUGGCGACUUGAUCGAAAUUCAAGACAAAUUGAGACGACCACACAACAACAAUUGGGUUUUAUUUAUUCGAGAUGACUUUGUCCUGCACUUAAUUGAAGAGGAUUUUUCAGACAAAGUAAAAUUUUCCGUGGAUAAAUUCACCGAUAUUUUCAACUUUUCCGAAUCUCCAUGUCGUGUCAACAACUUGGGAAAACUCGCCACUGUAAACAACGCCAAGUUAAGAAACAUGAGUGAUGAAAUGAUCCAUGAUUUAACGCAGGUUGAAAAAUUUGACCUGCGAUAUCCAAAGCAUCCCAGCCAACGACGCCAAAUGCUGAUGAGUGUCGUCAAGUAUGACAAACCGCUGUGGUCAUCCGUCGAUGAGGAGGAUGCGGAACGACGUCAAAGCGUCGAAGACUACUUUUGUGACCUCAAUCCCUGGGGUUAUCAGCAUUACGAGGACGUUGCAAAAGUUGCUGUGCCCGGUGACCUGAUCGAAAUCAAGAGAAGCUCAGGUUUCUACAGACACUGGGCGGUUUACGUGGGUGACGGAGACUGCAUCCAUGUCGGGGAGCGAACAAUUUGGAACUAUAAAAUCGUGAGGGAAAAUUUGGCACAAAUUUGUGCAUUUGAAAAAUAUUUGGAUAUGUGUCGCGUAAAUAAUUUGGAAGAGUGGGUUGAGAGGAAAGGCGUCAAAGCAAAGAAGAGGAGUGACGUUGUUGCCAUGGCGGAAUCAUUUUUGGGACAUAUGUUUGAGUUCCACCUGUUUAGAAAUAAUUGUGAACACUUUGCAACGUAUUGCAAAUUUGGGGAUCCGAUAAGUAGACAGGUUGAGCGUAAAACGGAAUUGUUCGACGUGAUUGUAUUUGAUUUCACACAAUUCCAAGCUGAAGACAAGCAUAUUCCCAGAGGUGGGGGCAAGGUUUCGUGACCUACACCGUAGUAAAAAAUCAGCUACGGACGUUAUAUUUAUUUAAACCGGAUUUUGUCGAAUUUGGGAAGCUGUGCACAACUUCUAUUCCUUGUUAUAAUUUAAAAUAUAUAUUUUAAAUAUAAGAUACAUUUAAAAACACAUUUUACUUAAUUUUAAGUAACAAUUAUGCAUAAUUAAGACUGGAACUUUAAAGUGCUUAAAUCAUAUUUUUUUAAAAAUAAAUAGUAAACAAUUUUUCCUACCUAUGCA